GUUGCAUGUACUGUAUGUGGAGCAGUGUACAGUGAAGCGGAGGCAGAGCGGCACCGCGAGCUCCUCUCGACUUUCCCAUAGAGGAACCCUGACUGGCCGCUGAGGGCGAGCCACACACACGCCCUCGCGCCCGGCGAGCCCGCGAGGUCACUAUCAUAUGACAAAGGCUUUGCCGCAGUUCAUCUUCCUCCCCCUAUACUUUCCAUUUGCCUUCCUGGAUACUGGAGCUACACCCAUUUCUGGAACACAUUCAUAUUCUAAUUUGAUAUCAACUGGUGUUUUCAAAGAAGUGAAGAAUCCUGCUACAUCACAGAAGCUGGAAAUUCUGAUGUUCCAUUAAAAUCACAAUGGAAAGUCUUGACUUGACCGAACCUGAACUGCCUUCAGUAAUUUUACUGGAAAAAAUAUUUUGUUUAAAGGUCACAGUAAUGAAAGGCAGUAAUAGAAAUAAAGAUCAUUCAGCAGAAGGAGAAAGGGCUGGAAAACGACCAAAACGAAAGUGUCUUCAGUGGCACCCACUGCUAGCAAAGAAACUGCUGGACUUUUCAGAAGAGGAGGAGGAGGAAGACGAAGAGGAGGAUAUUGAUAAGGUUCAACUUCUUGGGGCCGAUGGCCUAGAGCAAGAUGUUGGUGAGACUGAUGAUGAAUCACCAGAACAGCGAGCCCGGAGACCAAUGAAUGCAUUUCUCUUGUUUUGCAAACGUCAUCGCUCCCUUGUACGUCAGGAACACCCCAGGCUUGAUAACCGAGGUGCUACCAAGAUACUGGCUGAUUGGUGGGCUGUUCUAGAUCCAAAGGAAAAGCAGAAAUACACAGACAUGGCCAAGGAGUAUAAAGAUGCAUUUAUGAAAGCAAAUCCUGGCUACAAAUGGUGUCCUACCACAAACAAGCCUGUGAAAUCCCCAACACCCACUGUCAAUCCACGAAAGAAACUAUGGGCCUUCCCAUCUGACUCUUCGAGAGAUUUGCCAAGCCCCAAGAAAGCAAAGACUGAAGAAAUGCCUCAGCUAAACUUUGGAAUGGCUGAUCCUACUCAAAUGGGAGGCCUGAGCAUGCUGCUUUUAGCUGGAGAACAUGCUCUUGGAACACCAGAGAUAUCCUCUGGCCCUUGUAGACAGGAUGUUUCAGAAUCUCCUGAAUUACGUCAGAAGUCCCCAUUAUUUCAGUUUGCUGAGAUAUCUUCAAGUUCAUCCCACCCUGAUACUCCUUCAAAACAGUGUCAAGCAUCAGCCUUGUUUCAGUUUGCAGAGAUUUCUUCGAACACUUCACAAUUGUGUGGUGCCGAGCCUGUGAAGCGCUGUGGGAAGUCGGCACUCUUUCAACUGGCAGAGAUGUGUCUGGCAUCAGAGGGGGUUAAAAUGGAGGACUCAAAGCUAAUAAAGGCGAAAGAAUCAGAUGGUGGAAGAAUUAAAGAAUUGGAGAAGGGAAAGGAACAAAGAGAAAUAAAAAUGGAGAAAACAGAUGAAGCCAGGGUACAGAAGGAAGCAGAAUUUGAAAAAUCAGCUAAGGAAAACAUGAGAGAUUCCAAGGAACUAAGAAAUUUUGAGGAGCUGCAAAUGGAGGAUAUAAUGGAUAUAAAAAUGGAAGAUCCCAAAGAAAUUAAAAAGGAAGAACUAGAGGAAGAUCAACAAUGUAGUCACUUCCCCGAUUUUUCUUAUUCUGCCAGUAGCAAGAUCAUAAUAAGCGACGUUCCCAGUAGAAAGGAUCACAUGUGCCAUCCACAUGGAAUUAUGAUCAUUGAAGAUCCCACAGCAUUAAACAAACCAGAGAAGCUAAAAAAGAAAAAGAAGAAAAGCAAAAUGGAUCGACAUGGAAAUGAUAAAUCCACACCCAAGAAGACCUGCAAAAAGAGGCAGUCUUCAGAGUCUGACAUCGAGAGUGUCAUCUACACCAUUGAAGCUGUUGCAAAGGGAGACUGGGGCAUUGAGAAACUUGGAGCAACCCCUCGCAAGAAGGUCCGCACAUCCUCAAGUGGCAAGGGAAGCAUUUUGGAUGUCAAGCCACCAAAGAAAAAAGUGAAAUCAAGAGAGAAGAAAAUGUCAAAGGAAAAAUCCUCAGACACCACCAAAGAGUCAAGACCUCCAGAUUUUAUUAGUAUUUCUGCCAGCAAGAACAUUUCUGGUGAGGUGCCAGAGGGUAUAAAAGCAGAACCGUUAACCCCCACGGAGGAGGUGUUACCACCCAGCCUAUCGGGACAGGCCAAGCCUGAGGACAGUGACUGUCACAGAAAAAUAGAGACUUGUGGCUCCCGGAAAUCUGAGCGUUCUUGCAAAGGUGCUCUUUAUAAAACCCUGGUGUCUGAAGGCAUGCUCACCUCUCUGCGAGCUAAUGUUGACAGAGGGAAACGAAGCUCAGGAAAAGGAAACUCUUCUGACCAUGAAGGGUGUUGGAAUGAAGAAAGCUGGACGUUUAACCAGAGUGGGACCAGUGGGAGCAAGAAGUUCAAGAAGACAAAGUCAAAGGAAGAUUCUCUCCUUAGCUCAGCAAAGCUGGAUGAAGAAUUUGAAAAAAAAUUCAACAGCCUCCCUCAAUAUAGUCCUGUUACAUUUGACCGGAAAUGCGUACCUGUCCCAAGGAAAAAGAAGAAGACUGGAAACAUGUCUUCAGAACCGACUAAAACCAGCAAAGGUCCUUUCCAGUCUCAGAAAAAGAACUUAUUCCACAAAAUUGUCAGCAAAUAUAAGCACAAAAAGGAGAAGCCUAAUGUUCCGGAAAAAGGAAGUGGGGAUAAAUGGUCAAACAAGCAACUCUUCUUGGAUGCCAUUCACCCUACAGAAGCCAUAUUUUCAGAAGACAAAAACACCACAGAGCCUGCUCAUAAGGUUAAAAAUGCCCUAUCCAUUCCCAACACUCCAGAGCCAACAACAACGCAAGAACCCUUGGUGGGCAGCCAAAAGAGAAAAGCAAGGAAAACCAAGAUCACCCACCUUGUCAGGACAGCAGAUGGCCGGGUAUCACCAGCAGGAGGUACUUUGGAUGACAAACCAAAGGAACAACUGCAGAGGAGUCUCCCGAAAGUGACUGAGACAGGCUGCCAUGACGAAGGCCCCCAGAACCCCGAGGCCAUGGAGACGCGGAGCAGCACUCCAGAGAUGCCAGCCGUGUCUGCGUUCUUCAGUCUCGCUGCGCUGGCCGAAGUGGCCGCCAUGGAAAAUGUGCACAGGGGUCAGAGGUCCACUCCGCUCACCCAUGAUGGACAGCCAAAAGAAAUGCCACAGGCCCCUGUACUUAUUUCCUGCGCUGACCAGUGAAGCGCCUUUAAUUGUAAAACAUUGUGCUUUACCUACUACCCUAGCCCUGUCUGUACCGAGGGAUGCCAGUGAGUCCGUGUGGUGGGAAAUACAGACUGCAAACAAGUGCGAGUUGCCCUGCACGGCCCAGAUUCACUUGAAGUGGAAGUUAGCAUCCUGGGCCGCUGUGUGUUCUUUUGGAACCCAGAGUCUUUGAGGGUGAUGUUCUCUGUCUUGUCAGGAGCAGAAACGGGAUGAUCCUGGAGCUUUGCUUUCUAUUGAAGGCUUUUGACGGUAAUAAGUGGUAAUUUGGUAAAAGGCUGCCUUUACUGUAGCUCAUCCAGCAUCUCUUUUACCAACCAGAGAGUGUGAAACUAGUUUCGUAUAUUACCUAGUUAUUCUUUCAAAACAAAAACAAAACAAAACAAAAAAAACAA